GAAGUGUUCGAUGAAUUGACUUCCCAUUAGCAUAGCAAUCUGCAGCAUCAACGAUCCUCCCCACCAACCAAUUACCAUGGAAGAAUCCAAGUUGCUUUCAUUCUGUAAAUUUGUGGACGAUGACGGACCAGACCAGCUGAGCUUCCAGUCGCUGCCCACACUCGUCGCUAUCGUCCUCCACCAAUGCCAAUCGAGUCCCAAUUUGAUAAGGCAUUUACCAGCUGCGCAAUCCAAUUGAUUCGAACCUCACCGUGUCAAAAUCUAAUCAUCGUUUUCUGGAAGGGCGACGAACGAACGAAGAGACGCCUUUCGCGUUGGAAGCUCUGAAUUGGUUGAAGGUAGUCGCCUGAGGCGCACUUAGGGGAUGGAAAUUUUUAAUGGCGGCCGUCUGGUAAUGCUUAAAUGUUAAAACCUCCUUUUGUGUAGCUGCAGUUGCUCGAGUUCUUCGAAUUUGGGGAUAAUAAUAUGCUUCGCAUCUUCGUGUGUAUACAUCUAUGUGUGCUGUGUUUCGUCGUUCUUCUGGAUGAAUCUCACGGCGCUGAUUAUCGGUACGAGAGAUGUCCGCCGGUAACUUGCGGCGGCGCCGUCAAUGUAAGCUUUCCUUUCUACUUUCCCCGAGAGCAAGAAAGCUAUUGUGGCUACCCUGGAUUUGGACUCGUAAGUUGCUGGGAAUCGAGUGGUACAACGCUGAAUUUGUCGGGAAGUGAUUAUAUGAUUGUGAACAUUUCUUAUCACACUCGAUCUCUUCGAGUUUAUCCUUUAUCUCUGCCGAAUUACGAAGCAAAUGGAUGUUAUUCAGGAUUGAAGAACACGAGUCUCCCCAAGGGGUUUGAUUAUGCACCAAAUGUGACGAAGCUCCAUUUAUUCUACAAUUGCAGUGAUUCAUUGCCUGAAAAUCUUUCGAACCGCAGGCUUUUUUGUGGAUCAAAUGAUACAGAGAAUAGUACUGUUCUGCCAUUGUUUGAAGAGAAUGGAGAUUCUUCAAUUGCAAGUAGAAGUUGCAACAAGACGGUAACGGUUAAGGUGGAGAGACCAGUGAAUGUCUCAGGUGCCAUAGCCAAUCUUCGAGAUCUUCAAAGUGUUUUGGGCGGGGGUUUUGUGAUGAACUGGAUGGCUAGUGAUUGCAGCGAUUGCGAAAGCAGCGGUGGCCGUUGUGGAUUCAACGAGACUACUUUCCUCUUCAAGUGCUUCUGUCCCGACAGGCCGCAUUCUAGGAGCUGCAAACGAAGAGAAACCCAGUUUACGCUGAUAGUAACCACAGCUAGCGUGGGAUGCGUCGUCCUCCUCCUCGUAUUCCUGCUGAUCUCCGUGAUAAUCUGGCAACACAAGGAUAGGAUCAAGAGAUCAUAUCUUCUCUCAAGAAACAUAUCGAAACCCGACCUCGAAGGAGGGGGCACCUACUUCGGUAUCCCGGUUUUCUCCUACGCCGACCUCAAAAUCGCCACCGAUAACUUCAACCCGUCCAACGAGCUCGGCGACGGAGGCUUCGGAACCGUGUAUUACGGAAAACUCGAAGACGGUCGAGAAGUAGCCGUAAAACGAAUGUACGACCACAACUACCGAAGGAUGGAGCAGUACAUGAACGAAAUCAAGAUCCUUACCUCCUUGAGGCACCGGAAUCUGGUGUCGUUAUACGGCUGCACUUCGACGAGAAGCAAAGAACUCCUCCUUGUCUACGAGUACAUCCCCAACGGAACGGUCGCAGAUCAUCUCCACGGCGACGGGACCAAGACGAAGACAUCCUUGACAUGGGCCGUUCGGAUGAAGGUCGCGAUCGAAACUGCCGAUGCGUUGGCGUACCUACACAAAUCAGACAUUGUCCACCGCGACGUAAAAACGGACAACAUAUUACUCGACAGCAACUACUGUGUAAAGGUCGCCGAUUUCGGGUUGUCGAGGCUGUUCCCGACUGAUGUGACCCACAUAUCGACGGCUCCGCAGGGUACUCCCGGUUACGUCGACCCCGAGUAUUACCAGUGCUACCAGCUGACCGACAAGAGCGACGUUUACAGCUUUGGUGUCGUCCUGAUGGAGCUCCUGUCGUCGAUGCCGGCCGUCGAUAUUAGCAGAGAUCGGCACGAGAUCAACCUGGCGAACCUGGCUGUGAACAAGAUUCAAAUGCGCGCGUUCGACGCCAUCAUCGACGCUUCCCUCGGGUACAACUCGGAUGCUGAGAUUACGAGAAUGGCUGUUUCGGUAGCCGAGUUGGCUUUUCAGUGUCUGCAGCAGGAAAAGGAUCUUCGGCCGUCGAUGGAUGAGGUUUCGAACACUCUAAAGGAGAUUCGGGGCGAGGACCUGUCCUGCGGCUUCCAGAAGGAACAACACCGCCGAGACGACGGUUCUUCGGAUGUCGGCAGGAUGAACAGUGCUUCACCUGAAACAGAUGACUGUGUAUUGCUGAAGAAUAAGAAGUUUCAGUCAUCACCUAAUGCUGUAACUGAUGUGUGGUUAAGCAGCUCCACUGCAUCUAGUUCAGUUUGCUGA